CCCCCCCCUACUGUCCUAUUUCUAGUCGUGUGUCCACACAUCACAACUGUCAGUAUCUGGUGAGAUAUGAAGGCGAAAAGAUGGAAGAAGAGCACGUUGGAUGGAUAUUACCUUUGUGUUAGCCUGUGGAGUGCGGAGGAUUUAGCAUUAUCGUUAGGAUCUAUACUGCCUCUUCGCCUCGCUGCAUGGUUUUUGGGGUGCCACUUUAUAUUUUCUUUGGUUAGGAGGACUUUACCAUCACCGGCCACCAUGGGGAAUAUGUUUGCAGGACUCUUUAAAAUGUUCGGGAAAAAAGAAAUGAGGAUACUCAUGGUGGGUCUUGACGCUGCAGGAAAGACGACUAUUUUGUACAAGCUUAAACUUGGCGAGAUUGUGACUACCAUUCCCACAAUAGGUUUCAAUGUGGAGACCGUAGAAUACAAAAACAUCAGUUUUACAGUUUGGGAUGUUGGUGGUCAAGACAAAAUUAGACCGCUGUGGCGUCAUUAUUUUCAGAACACUCAAGGUCUCAUCUUUGUUGUGGAUAGCAAUGACAGAGAGCGAUGUGGCGAGGCCCGUGAAGAGCUAGUGAGAAUGCUGGCAGAGGACGAGCUGCGUGAUGCUGUGCUACUAGUGUUUGCCAACAAACAAGACCUUCCAAAUGCCAUGAAUGCUGCAGAAAUCACAGACAAGUUGGGCCUUCACUCGCUGCGCAACAGAAACUGGUACAUCCAGGCCACCUGUGCCACCACUGGAGACGGUCUCUAUGAAGGACUUGAUUGGCUGUCGAAUCAGCUCAAGAACCAUUAACGAUGAGGGUGUUUGAGACGACUAAUGCUUCCUUUAAAUGUUUCUCUUUACACUUAAGCAAAACUGAGCUCCCUCAUACUGGAAGCUGCCGUCGGCUCAGGUUUGAUCUCAGAUUCACGGGCCAGGUGAUUUAAUGAUGUAAAGCUUUAGUUAUGCUUUUUUAUUUUGUGUAACUGUAAAUAAUUAUUUUUGGGUAAUAGGUAAGCUUUUUGCACUCUUGUGGUGGCUCCACUCUUCCUGGCUGUUAAGGCUUUUGAUCAAGAAAAGGGAGGAAAUGAUCUUACCAGCAUGGUUUGGCUCCAGAACCUCAACGCAAUAAACUACAAAUGCACUACUUGCAUUUAAUUUUGCAAAGUAUCGCCACUGACUACACAUGACAGCCCUGAAAUGAACAUUUCAUAUAUUUGUGCGGGAUUCACUCCUGUUAGUGAGUAAAACGGUGCUGCAGAUAUCCUGCUCUGUUCUAGUUAAAAAGGCAGAUUAAAUGUUAAUAGUCUCAGGUUGACCAUGCGAUGUGGUCCAUCACUUUUAUGGCUGUUUACAUCAUCAGUUAGAAGAGGACUAUUUACUUAUUCCUGUAGCUCUACACUGUUUAUCUGUGUACUGUGAGAGGUAAAUGUGGAAACAACCGUUUAGUUUUCAUUUAAGAGUCUAAACAGUCUUUAUUCCAUUUGGAGCUCCGUCUGGGGGGAAAAAAACAUUGACACCAAAACCAAUUGCAUUUUUCAAAGUGCUGCUGUUUUUGCUGUAAUCAAAAGGCCAAAUGAUGCCCCCCUUUUAUUUUUUUUUGUAAAAUUCACAACAUAUUUCCUCUAUUUUUCCAGAAAUGAUCUAAGAAGUGUCUAUUCGACAUAUGUUGUUGCUUUUUAUAAAUGUUUUGAUUUAAGAUUGUCUAAAUGUACUAUUAAUCACUCGAGUUUGUAAUUGUUUGAAGCUUUUUGUUUGUUGGAGAAAAACACUAAUUAAAAUCAUUGGAUACAA